CUAAUGGCCCCGGGGAAAGGUCGGGCAGAACACCCUGCCCCGUCCCCCCCCUCUGAAUUCCUAGGACGGGCAGGUCCCACUGCUCCUCCCCCUGCCCAGGCCAUCCAGGCCCUCGGGUCACACCUGCUCUCACUACCAUGGACUUCAACCUGAAGGCAGCCCUGGACCCCAAGAAGCCAGGCCACCUGGGAGACCCCAAGCAUGGCCCCCCCAAACCUCAGGGCCAUCCAGGGGCAGCUCACAGCCCGAAGCACGGCCAAGGCAGCUCCUCAGACUCCAGCAGCAGCUGCAGCGACUCGGACUCGGACGGGAAGCCCCACGCUGCCGGCUCCAAGCCGAAGGAAGGCGCGGCAGGCAAGGUGAAGAAGCCCAAGGUGAAGAAAGACAAGGAGAAGGACAAGAAGAGCAAGAAGAAGGCCUCCCACUGAUGGGGCCGGGCGGGGCUCAUUAAACCUUUCUCUGCCUUCCG